GGACAUUUGAGUUCUCGUCUGUCCCUCCGUGCGUCUAGUCUUUGCCUUAUGUCAUAAGGAGAGAAAGAUGUGAAAUUCUAUACAACUCACUCGAUUCGGACAGUAAGUCAGUUUGAAAACAAUUGCCAACGCGAUCGGUAAUAUCAGAAGUAUAGUUGCGCCUGCCUGCCUGGUGUAAAGCGAAAAAAAAACUCAAUAAAAUUCGAUCCAUAACUGCCGUUGGUUUACCAAAACAAAAUCUCAUUACAAGAGUGCUAAUGUGUUAAUUAAUCUGUAAAUAAGUGAAGUGAAGUUGGCUUUAAUUAAUUGGCAAAUAAAACAAAAUCAACACCAACAACAGUUUCAAUUAGUGUUAAAAGAAAUCAAGGAAUACGGAGUGAAAACACCGAGAAAAUGUCAAAAUCUUUUAUAUUUUUAUUGCUUAUAUCAUCACUUUUAAACAAAGCCCAACAACAAUUUCUAACUGUGCCCGACAUUGCGUGUCCUCAGUAUUUUCAAUACGGCCAAGAUGGCUCUGGAACUUAUGGCCUACUGACAAUGCCUUAUGUCUCACAACGAAUGCAGUUGGAAGUCCAUUUGAGCCAAAAAACACCUCUAACGCAGAAUUAUUAUGGCAAAAUAAGUCUAGCUGAAGAUCGUUUUACUACAGAAAGAAAAAUAAAAAAUGGCGAGCCAAUCCUAUACCGUGUGGACUUUCCCACCACGGAGUCACCCAAGUUAACUAGAAUAGUAAUUAAUAAUCAGGACAUAUGCUUUGACAAUGAGUAUUCCAGACCCAGCACAAGUUUGUUUCUACAACAUAGCCUGGUGAGCAGUACACAUACAUUCCCUAUAGCGAUUGAUCAGCCAACACCCGAUGUAGAUUUCCCAUGGCCCACGCCACCAGUUAGUAGACCACGACCAAAACCCGAGAUAGAGACCACAAGGCCCGCGCAACCAGUUAGUAGACCACGACCAAGACCCGAGGAAGAGUCCACAAGGCCCGCGCAACCAGUUAGUAGACCACGACCAAGACCUAGUACUAGUACUAGUCCUAGAACAAGUGCUAGUGAAAAUGAUCAAUGUGGUAAGGUCUCGGGUGUGACUACCUUCAUAUAUGGAGGUUUAGAUAUAUCAAGGGGCCAGCAUCCCUGGUUAACGGCCAUCUAUGCAAAAUCUGCAGGGUUGCGUUUCCUGUGUGGCGGAUCCUUGGUAUCAAGGAAGACUGUAUUAUCGGCAGCUCAUUGUUUUACAAUUAGCGCCGUAACUGCUGAUCGUUUGGUAGUCAAUGUGGGACGUUACAAUCUGGAGGAUUAUAGCGAAACGAAUUUCCAAACCAGAGAGAUACAAAACUUGGUAAUACAUCCGGAUUUUGCCGGCAAUGUACAUCCGGAUGCCGAUUUGGCGUUAUUGCAAUUGCAGCGACCAGUGGAAUUUAACGCAUAUGUUCGUCCCAUCUGCUUGUGGAGCGAACCGGUUGAUACCAACCGCAUAGUGGGUAUGACUGGUGUGAUAGCUGGCUGGGGCGGUGAUGAAAAUGGCAAUGCAUAUACUGCCAUACCCAAAAUGGUUGAUGCCAACAUUGUCAGUGAGGGUGAAUGUUUGCGUUCAUCACAAGUCUACGCAUCUUUAACUUCGCGGCGUACCAUAUGUGCCGGCAAUAGAGAUGGCACUGGCCCCUGUAUGGGCGAUUCUGGCAGUGGUCUGUUGCUUAAUCGCAACGAUCGUUGGUAUUUGCGUGGCGUAGUUUCUAUCGGAACGACGAAACAAAAGAAAUGUGAUCUGCUCGAGUAUGUGGUAUUUUGUGAUGUUGCCCAGCAUCUGUCAUGGAUCGAGGAGAAUACCAUAUGAUGAGUGAUGGUCAUUUUGAAAGCCUCAUAGUAGUUGUUUUUUUAUUUAACAGUGAUAUUUUUGCAAUAAAUAAUUUAUAAAGCGUAA